AUGAGGCUUACGAACCGGUCGGCCAAGAUCUCCAAGACGACUUGGGAAGAACACCGUCAUGCGAUCGAAGUUUUGUAUCUGCACGAGGGUAGGCCGCUCGAAGGCGAAGAUGGAGUUCUAGACACCAUGGCUAGGCUGCACCAAUUCCAGGCGAGUAAGGCGCAGUACGAGCACCGUUUCAGACUUUGGGGCUUCCGAAAGAAUAUCAAGAGAAAGGACAUGGACUUUAUCGUAGACGCCAAGUGCAAGUAUGCGCGCUUGGGUAAAGACGUUCUUGUGGAACUCAACGGGAAAAGCGUAGACCAGAGACGUAUUGAGAGGGAAACAGUCCGUCGAGGAAUCAUAGAACGAUCAGCCAGCCCAGAUAUAGCUCCGGAAUCUGUAUGUCUAAGAGAUCACCUCGCACCUCUGCAACCAACGGACUACGAAGCGAUCUCUUCACGACCCAAACUGGCCCCUGUUAGUCGACUGAAAAAAUCAGAGAUCUCGCGUCAGUGCUCUCAAAUUACGAUAAUUCCAUUCCAGCGGACACCGAUUGCCUCUCAUCAUUCUAGUCACGCUCCGCUAACUCAGUGGGAGGAAGUCGCUAUACGUCUGAGACCAUUUUCGUGGACCAUAACGUUGGGUUGGAAAUUAUUUGGAGAAGUGAUGCCUUUCCGCGGGCGAGAGCAGCCUAGCUAUCCAUCGAAGAGCAUAUCAUAUGCUGCGAUGUUCUACGGGUCUCGAACCGGAACCGGAAUCGGAAUUAAGACGGAAGACAAGAGCAUCCCAUGUCGCCAGCAGAUUAUCAUAUCUGCAGUUCUCAACGAUAUGACACUUCCGGGCGUCCCUCACCUCCAGCAAAUACACCAAUGGCUCAGGAGUCUUGGCUCUACCACGUUGAUUCGCAUCUUUCAUGCGUUGCCGUCCGUAGCCCAAGACUUCUUUCGUGAGCGAGUGUUUGCCGAAGCGUUGAAAUCAGGCGAUAAACGCACAAUGGAAGUAAUGGUGGGCUUGGGCUUACGUCAACGUGAAGCUAUCGCGACGGGAGAAGAUGAUGGAUCUGGUGCAAUGACACCGCUUCAACGAGCGCUGAAAUAUCGCCAGUUCGACAUGGCCGCCACACAUCUAUCGAGUAUGAUACGGACCGCAACACGGAAGGAGUUGGAUAGGCUACUGCGCGAUGUACAAGAAACGACUCAUCGUUCCUACGAAGGUUACCAACAUCCAAGAUACCAUCUAGAGUGGAGGAAUCUGACAUGUAUGCUGUUGUCUGGAGGUGCGACUCCUAACGUUAGAUGCUUCACUUUGGCCUUACACGAGGCGACAGACGCCGGCUUUGAAGCAAUAUUCUCUGCGAUUGCGGGAGGCCUUAGAAGCUUCCUCAGAAGCAGUCUUUUGGAGCAAUGCAUGUGGAACAGUAGCAGAUCGAGCGCUUUACUUGCAAGUAGCAGCUCGAGCACUUUACUUACAAGUGACAACUCGAGUGCUUUACUUGCAAGUAGAAUCUGCGACUUCGUCUUCCGCAAGAAAGCAGAUUGGGUGCCUGGAAAGGAUGCCUCGGUUGAGCUGGCUUUGGCGAAAUCUCUCCGUGCAGCUCUAUUGAUGUUCCGCACUACAGCUGCAACCACCUUACUAGAAGGCUGUUUGCAAGAAAACAUCUUUCUCGCAUAUCCCAAUGUGAAUAGUGCCUUGAGUGGCAUCGUUAUGGAUUAUUGUCACCGUAAGAGAUGGGAUCUCGUCGACAUAUGGAUACGAAGGUACGACCCCCCAGUCAAGAAAGAAGACAGCGACGAAGAUCAAGAGAUUCUUCCACGAGACGCCAAGUUGAAACAUGGGUUACACAUAGAGGAUAACAGUUAUGCUGAGGCUGAGUGGGUGGAUAAACUUCGCCAAGCAGUCAUGGAAAACAACACGUCUUUUGCACGUAAGCAUAGAUAUUCAACCUGGUACAGAUCACGCGACUGGGAUCAUGCGUUGGAGUAUGCGAUAGAACUCCAUCACCAUGAAAUAAGUGUAGCCAUCAUCCUCUUCGGAUGCGAUGAUGCCACCAAUUAUCACAGGUUCCUGACACUGCUGCAGCAUGGCAGUUUUGGCGCUAUCAGUUUGCUAAUAGAGACUGAUAUUGAGUGGCUCUCGGCGACUAUGGCGGCAAGCGACGAAGGAAAUUAUACCCCACUGGAAGAUAUGCUCUUUCGAAAACAGGCAUUCCGAGCGGAUGAACGAUUGUUCUUAGGACUGAUGCAGCUUCACAGUUCACUAGAGCGGCGCAUCGUACUUCGCGCUCUCAGCUAUUAUGCCAUUCAUGAGGAGGAAUUUGUUCUGCUUGACUGGUUGCUGGACAGCGGAUUGGAUAUGGAAUCGUUUGCCUGUCGCACCGAGGGCGCUCUGGAUGGUAAAACUCUGCCAUCUCUACUGUCUCUUGCAGCGAAGCAAGGCGACGACUACUUGGUGGACUUUUUGCUCAGGAGGAGGACUGAGGUGACUGGGAAAGAACUCAAUGAGAAUGACAGCCAUACACCUACACUUCUUAGUCCUUUGGGCGAAGCCAUCAUCCGAAGAGAUCGCGAGGCGGUGGGAAUGCUGCUUAGCCAUGGAGCGAAUCCGAAUGCACUUGUAUGUCAAGAGAAGGCCUGGGACUCACCCGGUGGUUCAGAACUACACCGAGCAACGCCUCUUCUAGCAGCGAUCGAUAUGGGCGAUCUCACUAUGGUGCAACAGCUGCUAGCCACUGGUGCAGCAAGCGACCAUCCUCCACAACAAGGCCUUUUGCGAACUCCGUUACAGAGAGCCUCAGAAGUCGGCAACUUUGAAGUGGUACGCCAUUUGCUGGACUAUGGAGUUCCCGUAGACAGCACUCCGUGCUACUCCGGUGGCACCCCUUUGCAGCUUGCUGCUAUGAGCGGCCAUGUAGGCAUCGCAACCCUUCUACUUGAACAUGGUGCGAACGUCAACCAUCCACCAGCAGAAGGGCAUGGUCUGACUGCAUUCGAGGCUGCAGUCUCAUGGGGUCGAUGUGACAUGCUGUUUCUCUUGGUACACUGGAAGGUAGAUCUUGGUCUCGUUUUCGAAAGCCAUGGAGUGACCCAGUACAAGCGAGCCCUUCUGCUAGCAAAGAGGCAUGGCCAAAUGGCAACCAGACGCUUCGUUGAGCAUCUUCGUCCGCAGAAGUCAAAGACCUGA